AUGAUCGACUCGAUCUUCGUGCCCGUAAUGCCAAGAUAUAGUGACGCUCCAGACAGAAAGGCGAAGAGCGAAUUACUCGAGCGACUUCAGGACGAUGCUGUUCAGGGAACAGACCUGUCCUUCUACGCAUUGAACGAGGGUGAGCUGCCUAAGCCGGGUAGGUUGGGCGCUUGUAUGACCUGCGAUGGGGUUGGCUCCAUCGCAGUUCAGACCGGCCGGGAUAGGCAGUGCGCGCUCGCAUUCACCAUCGCCAGGUCACGGCCAACCAAGUCAGUCUUCUUCGAGCGUUCUCCAGGCGACUGUUCGGACCUAGCUGACGUCCGCCAAGUGGCUAUCGUGCUCCUUACCUCCAUGCCCAUCGCAAAUCAUAUGAGUGCCGUGAUCCUCGACUCCUUGUCCAUCGUCAGCCAGGGGACGCCGAACUUGAAUUUCUCUACACCACAGUCGUGCGGCUGCCAUCAGCAGAUAUACUGA